CUACAUUCCAUGCGCGCCGCCGACAAAUAAACUCGCCCUGCCACAGCGAACCAGCUGCUUCUACGUGCCGUCGACAAUUGUCACUGUUGCGCAAAAAUGUCCUACUACGACAUUGACGCAAUCCUCACUGACGCGCAAAAAGUGCCCACAACCUUUGAGCUGGACAUUCCCUCUCUCGGCUACCUUGACAAUGCCGCUGGGCAUACGCUCAAAUCCGGGACACGAGUCGACCUCCCUCUCUGGCUCAGCGAGAUGCUGGCCGUGUCCGCGACCGCGACAUCCAAGACUCCGUCCCGCUCCCUCGUGACGCUGGACCUGCCAGCAGCGCUCAGCACGCGCGUCAUGAACGCGCUGAAGGCGGAUCCGAAAUCCGUGGACCUGCGGGCGCUGGCCCAGAAUUUCUACGGGCUGGGCGAGCGCCUCCUGGAGCUGUUCGAGGAGGACGAGCUGUGCGACGUGCUCAUGGAUAGCUGGCGCAAGAGGGCCGCAGAAAUUAGUGACCAUGCGAGUCAUGUUGGGCAGGGAAAGGGCGCCGGCGGCGGUGUUGGAAGUGGUGAUUCAGUGGAAUUUUUGAGGGGCUUGGAUGAGUGGGAAAGGGAUCUUUUUAGGAGGUGCCAUGAUAGUGGAAAGGCUAUGAAGGUGUGGAUGGGGGAGAUGAAGAAGAAAUAGGGAUACUAUGGCUGCUUAUUGGGUCUAUGAUACAGGGAUGCGAGGGAGUAAUCUGGGACCAUUACGGGCUGGGCAUUGGGAGGAAGCAUCGGGAAGCAUUGGGAAGCAUUGGGGUGCAUUGGGGAGCAUUAUACCACCGGCGUAUGGGAUCUGAUCAUGUGGCAUUAACAAGAAGCGGCAUACAUCUAAGAUCAUCGUUACAUUGUUGCUUUCUGCUUCUCGCUCACGGACUACUUUCCUCGAUGUCUGAAGCAUCUUACGACAUUCCAUAUAAGAACGGUUCGGAAAACAUGGCGGGGAAGAAGAGUGGAAAGCCUCAGGUAACGGGCGGCCCUUGAAAGAGGCUACUGGAUGAACUGAAGAUUUCUAGAUUUAAAAGGUCGUGGC